AUGAUGGUGUGGGCACCUGGUGGACCCCAGCACCCACAUGGGGACGCUGGGAACAAAAACAAGGUAGCAGAGGAGCUGUCUGGGGUUGGUGAGUCGUCGGAGCUAACUGGGGAGGCAGACAAGUCUCCUCAAACGAAGCCAGGCCUCCGGGGCGAUCUGGGCACGGGCGUGGGCCCCAGAGCAGCGGUGAUCCCGUGGAGCGCCCCCACCGGAGCCCUGGCAGGGAAGCCAGCCAGGGUACCAGGGAGGGUCAGGGUCCUGGGCACCGCAAAGGCCACGUGCCCGGGCUGGCUCCUUGAGGCCCACGCCCUCCUUUCCCCUCUCCUGGGCCGGCUGCGCCUCCCGCGCUGCAGUCCCGCCGGGCAGUCGGUCCGGCCUGGGGCUGGCGGGGAGUGGAGUUCCGGGAGCUAUUUUUACAAGAUGCGUCAGAGGGCCGAGGCGGAAAGAGCCUGCGGCUCGGGGGUCCAUUAUCCGGGUGCGGGGCGGGAGGAGACGCCCAGGGCUAUUUCGAAAGCUCUGAAAGGCGGGAAAGCGGCCCGCCGGGCUGGGAGGUCCACGCCCGACCCGGGGCGGGGCCGUCCGGGCGGGGCGGGGCGAGGGUCCAAGAAGGGGCGGGAUGAGGGCGGGGCCUCCGAGGGGCGGAGCCGGGCGCCCUCCCACCGCUGCAGGCUGGCGGCGGCGGCGGCGGCGGCGACGCGGGGACUGCGGGGACAGCCAGGCGGCCGCGCCGGCAGCGAAGCCCGGGGAAGCCCACGCCCCGCCUGCGCCUCCGAGGCGCGCCCUGGGAGUGGGAUUGGCCCCGCGGCGGCGCCGCCCAAACAGAGGCGAGCGCUGGGCGCUCGGAGCCCGGAACCGGCAGCAGCGGAGAGCCAGGGCAGCGGCUGGAGCGCGGGGGCGCGGCCCGAGGAAGCCGCAGAGAGCCGGGGCCGGCGGGGGAGGGCGACGGGCGCGAGCAGCCCGCGGCGCCGCAGCGGAGGAGGCUUCGCGGGAGACAAAGCCCAUCGAGAGCGAGGCAAUGCCCGGCCGGCGCGGGCGCGGGGGUCGCGGCGUCUGAGCGCCCCGAGCCGUGCGCUUCGGGGACUCCGAGCCCGGGCCCGUGCCGGCGGCUGA